AUGGUGGCGGCUCACAUAUCGCAAGCCAUCACCAAGUUGACCCCUUCCACUUCCGCCCCCAGUUUGACUUGGCAGCCAUUUAAGCUCUUGGCCCUGCAAAAAUCAGCUGUUUUCUUCCUCCCUACCCCUUCUUCCUGUCAUCCCUUCUCACAAGCCUCUCACCUCUCAACAGGAUCCAACGUCUUUUCAGUCUUAGUGUGUCUGUCAGACAAGUUGUCGGGCUCUCUUCCGUCGUCAUCCAUGGGCCGUAGCUUGGCUGCAACGCAAGAAGGAAGGAACCUCAGUGACCUGGAGUGCAAUAUGCUGGGCCCGAAUGCCCCUGUGUCGUCCGAACAGACUCAGCGUGACAGAGACAGGCAAGAGCAGGAGGUCGUGCAUGGCUUAAAGGCUGUUAAGAGCUUGCAUCUACCAGGCUACCUUACCUACUUUUUGCCCUCACCUUACUUGGAAGGAAAGAGCAAGCUUGGGCCUACCUCACCUUACCGCAACCUGAAGUUGCUGCCCAGGCCAUACCUUACGCAGGCAUCGCACCUACCAGCUUUUCUUUACGUCUCUAACGCCCUCACUCAGCCGAGGAAGGAGACACCUUCGGAUACCUUCUUGACCCGUAACACGUGGUUGAGGGAAAAUCCGGGAGAUAUGUACCCAAAGCCCCCCUUGCCAUUGCACCUUUGCACCCUCCAUCCAUACCUGAAGGUGCUGCUACUCCCCGCCUACCAAGCUCUUGGUAUCCUCUUGGAUGCCUUGGACAAAGAGCCUCAAUUCUUGACUCCCCGCUUCUCUCCCACAGCCGUCACUUCAAUCAACUCCCACGUUGAGACUCGUGGAACGCGCAUCGCAGGGGUCUUCUCUCCAGCUGUUGACUUGGCCAAGCACCAGACUCAUAAAGUGGCCAUAUUCCCCACAACCCCAUCCAACCCUCCGGAGCCUGGCAGUUUCACCCUGGCGACGUACUCCCAUCCUGUCAACUCGACCAGGCCUCGCCCGGCCUUGGCCGCCUGCUCUCAAUCAUUGAUCCUGGUCCAUAGUCCAGAUGGCAUGCAGUCGCAUUGGAUGGAGAAGCUUGAAAGCCCCCCUCCCAUUCUGCGCCAGAAACAUGCCCGCGAUACCAUGGGAAACGGAGGCGCUCAUCCCCAAACACAGGGAAUCCUAAACCUCAUUCAUCAACCCGUUCUCUUUUUCCUUCUGAGCCUCUCACUGCUCCUCAACACCCUGGAUGAAGCACAUGCCAAGAUCCUCACCAUGAUUCCGUCCCUCGCUGCUUAUCCGCCCCGGCCAUCUUCGCAUGGGUUCUUGCCUAUUGAUACUAUUCUUGGACCUGUGAGGUAG